AUGAAAUCAUUACUCUGUUUGUUGUGCCUGGCAUUGUCUCUGCAGCUGCAGGUGGAAGCCAAGAGUGUUGACAUCGCUGCGAUUGCAUCGGGUCUGGCUCAGGCAGUGGCCAGCACAGCCGUCAAUGUGACCGAUGGAGUCGCCCAGGAAGCGAAUAAAGUGGCAGCUGAAGCAACAAGUGCUGAGCAGCAACAGUCCCAGAGCACGGGCAUCUCGAGCUCCGCCACUCAAACGCAAACGAAGACCGUGGCCAAUAACAUUGAUAGCCAGGCCAGCAAUAUUGGUCAGUCAGUGGCUCAGGAAGCUGAGAAGAUUGCCAAUCAAUUAAAUUCCACCUCCACAGCUAGCGUGGUCUCCAAAGUUGCCCCAGUCGUCACUGCCGAUGGUGCCACAAUAAUUGCCGAGGAGGGCAAUGAAGGCGCCAAAAUCUUGGGCGGCGCCGCCGCCAUUUCGGCUCCAUAUGUGAAGCAAGUGGACCAGGCUCUGGGCACUGGAGCCAGCGCUCUCGGCAACUUGCUAGGCAGCCUCUAA